CUUUAUAUUCCUAUUUUUGUGGAAACUGUGAUAUGUUUUUUAUAAAUGUCUUUACAUGUCAUUUUUGAUCAAUUUAAUGUAUCUUUACUGAAUAUAAAUGACUAUUUUAAAUGAUACAGUAAUAUUUCACAAUAUGUUUUUUGCUGUAUUUUUGAUCAAAUCCUUUCAAUAGUUGUGUAAAAGUUAAGAAAAAUUAUUUUAUUGGUAUCAUCAGAAGAUAAAGAAAACAGUUUUCAUAGUGUUUCUAUCACUUUUAUUUGGUAUUUGAACACUGAAAUCUUAUUUCUUAAUGAUUUUGGAGCAUUUGGUAUUUCCAAAUGUAAUUCCAUUUUGCUGUCAUUUAGUAAGACUGUACAUGACUAUACAUUUUAUAUAUAUAUAUAUAUAUUAUUUUUUUUUUUUUUUUCAAAGAACACUGUAUGCACUCCCCAUAAAUGCAGUUAAAAUGCUUUUUUAUACAGGGCCGAACAGCAGGAUUAUUCUUGAUGAAUGUUACAUAAUAUAUCAUGUGGCAGUGCCUUCUCCAGAUCCUAUAUCAAUGAUAAGUGUUGUAAUCUCUCAUGAGAGACAACCAAAUACUUUGCCAUCUUUAAUCUUUGGAUUAGAAAGACUUUUUCAUGACCACUCUGCAUACAGUAUAUUUGCACACCAAUGGCAUCCUCUUUUUGCUCAGGGUGUGACUUCACCACUGGCCCUGAAGAGACAGCAGAGCAUCACGCCCUGCAUCACAGACCGGGAGCCGCUUCCAGACAUCUCUAGUGAAAAAGAGCCCACAUCCCCGCACCUCAGCGACAAGGGCUUGAGCUCCCCGCGCGUCCGCUCCAGAGAGAACUCUUUCAGACACAGAGGCAGCAUAAACCAACGGCCUCCCUGCAGCCCCUCAGUGGCUCCGCCCCUACGCUCCGCAGACUGCCUGCGCCACGGAAACAGCAGCGAUGCACGGGCUGUGAGAGCUGUCUGUCUGCUGAUGGGCGGAGCAGCCGCGUCCUCAGCACUGGGGUACCUGAACUCCUGUCCACCCACCUCCUCUAACAUGGCUGCCCAUAAUCCUGAAAUGACCCACUCCACAGCCUUCUCUGAGAUGGGGGGAGGCAGUUCUUACCAUGCCUGCAGCCAAGCCAUAGAGUCGCCACAUUUUAACAGCUUCGACUUUGAAGGAGACUCUGAUUUUGAUGCUUUCGACUGUGGAGGGUUUGCAUUUUAAUGGAAUAUGUUUACCUUAUCCACAGGGGUCCCACAGUCAUGGAAAAGGUGGAAAUGUUAGGGAAUUUGAAAAUUGUUAUUUCCAAAACUUCAAAAAGUAAUGGGAAUUCCUGUAGUGAAUAUAACUAACUUUGAAAUAUUUACUUUACUUAAUAAUAUAUUGCUUUUUUGUGAGUGCAAAUACAAGAAUUUUUAAAUAAUUAUCCAGUAAUUAAGGGCAACUGGAAAAGUCAUAGAAACCCAUUGGUAUACAUUGCUGUAUACAGUUUGUUUGGUAAUCUCUUUUCAGUAGAAGACAUUACAAUAUGUGAAUUAGAGACCAUUAUGGUUUUUUUUUUCAUUGUGACAUUAUUUCCAUGCCAAUUUAUCACCUUGUCAUGCCCAUGCACUCCUUUUAUACAAAAUACUAUUUCUUAUAUUUUUCUUUUCAUUUUGGUAUGGAAUAUGACCAAGAAAUGCCCUUGGCAGGUUUUGUGAGAUUCAUCCAACUGUGCUCCUUUUAAUUCCUAUGUUGUAGCUAUUGGAUGUUUCAAAUAUACAUUAUCUUCCCAUAUGAAAUAAUAAUGAUAAAAAAUGUUGCUGUUCCUUAGAACUCUUAACCCUUUUUUAUUUCUUAUUUAUCCAGUUCAAAUAUAAGGGGUCAAAAGUUUUAUCUUGUAUAAAGUUUAUUGAAAACUUUUCAGAUAUUUGUGGAUACACUUAUAUAGUUUAUGACUGCAAAAACAGUCAUUAUCAGUAUCCUCACUGUAAAGAAGGACUUUAUUGUGACAAGAUUUAUUUACUUAUUUAGUGCUUUUUUUCUGUGAUUUCUGCGAACUGUGUGUAAUUCUUAAUUUUAAUGUAUAAUAUUUAUAUAAAAUUUGUUAUAUUCACCUUUCCCUCUUUCUUAUGUCCCCUUUUGCUCACAUUCUUUCUCUGUUUGUGUUAUGGAGAGUUUGUGUAAGUGAGAACAUAGGUGAGUGUUUAUUAAAUGGUAAUGUAAUGUUA